GCAGACAAAACAAAAUGAAAAGGCACGUGCGAAAAUAAUCUACCUGUGGUUCAUUUUUUGCACAAACAGUUUUAUCUAUUCAUCAACGUAAAAUUUAUACGUUUAUUACGCAUUUUUAAAUCUAUUAAAUUUGAAACAAAACAUCAAUGGCCGAACAGGAAGAUAUUCACGUUUCUGCAAAAGAAGCUGAUUUCCAAAAUGCGAAAGCAUACAUGCUGUCAACUGUUAAUCAAAACGGAAUCAAUGUUUACGAUCACAUGUGUAAGAUAAUCACCAAAAUUAUCUCAGAAAAACCCGAAAAUGCAGUCGACGCCUUCGAAGACAUCAGCAAAGCCCUGAAGAAAAGUUUGUUCAAGCCUCAGUUCGACACAGUUCAAGACAAACCAGUUGUACCCAAAGCGUAUCAAAUAGCCGAAACACAGAAAAAACUGUUUCGCAAAGCCGAAGAUGACGAAAUUACGCCGCCUGAGGGUGAGGAAGAAGUCCUAACUCCUCUGACGAAUCUGAUGGAAAAUGCGUUUUAUUUCGAAGAAGCAGGAGUAGGCUUGAGCCGUGAAGAAAUGUUUAGAAUUUACCUUGCUUUGAGGCAGCUUGUAGACAUCUACCCUCUUCAGAAAGUGAGAUUUUGGGGAAAAGUUUUGGGCACGAAUGCAGACUACUACGUCGCCGAGGUGGAGUUCCGGGAAGGCGAGGACACCGAAGAGGAAACCUACAUCGAGCCGAACCCAAACUUGGGGGCUAAACCUCCCAUGGACGAAGCUACAAACCUUGAAAAUCUCGAGGACCCUCUUCCGAAACCCGACUGGAAAGCACCAGUUGUGAUUCCUCACGAAGAAAAAGGCUACGGAGUGAACAAAUUCACUUACUUUGCCACGAGUCAACUCGGCGAAGAUUGGACAAGACUUCCGUGUGUAACACCUGCUCAAAUCGAUGGAGCAAGACGGAUCAAAAAGUUGUUCACGGGAGAUUUGGACGCUCCUGUCUUGAGUUACCCGCCGUAUCCUGGAACCGAGAAGAGUUACCUGAGAGCCCAAAUUGCCCGAAUCACAGCUUCGACCAACAUUAGUCCAAUUAAUUUUUACAUGUUCGACGAGGAAGAGGAGGAGCCGGAGGAAGAUGCAGCACGUGACCACUACAUUGAAAACCCAGAGUUCGAAGGGGUGACUGCACGUGACUUGGUGGACCCGUCUAAUGCCAAUUGGGUGCACCAUGUUCAGUAUCUUCUACCUCAGGGCAGAUGCACGUGGUUUAACCCCGCAGCCCAGCGAGGCGAAGAAGAAAUGGACGAGGAAGAAGACGAGGAGGAGCGAGAGGAACCGGACGAGCCCGAACCAGAGUCAGGCCCCGCCCUCCUCACGCCCAUCUCGGAAGACAACGAGAUCGAUGGAGCCUCCCCGUGGACCCUGAAGUUGUCGUCCACCCGGAUAGGCCAAUACGCGAUGGCAGUGGUGAAGAGUAAUUUGUGGCCUGGUGCUGUUACCAUUGGGUUCGACAAGAAGUUCGAGAAUGUCUACAUAGGCAAUGGUAUCAAGUACUCGGUUGAGAACUACAGUCCCGUGCCCACUCCCCCAGCCAUGUCAGAGUACCCGACUGGGCCAGAAGUCACAGAGGCAGAUGACCCCACAGUGGAGGAGGAGGCUGCUCUGAAGGCCAACGAGGCAGAGGGAGCCGAGGGCGAGGAGGCAGCCGAGGAAGAGGAGGAGGAAGAUGACGAAGAUUAGACUACAUAGUAAUGAAGGUCAAAAGUUCACUUAGAGGCCAAAUGAAACAUCGAACCGAAAAAAAGAGUCGAUGUAGGAAUCUAUUUGUCAAACUGAAAUUGAUACUCAUGUUCGGUUAACGUAAGAUUCUGGAACUUAUGUCGUUUUAAAUUUGCUUCAACUCGUAUAUAUUUUUGUGCUGUUAAUGAUAAUAAAUUUUGAAACAAU